UUCAAAUCUCUAACCAUUUUCUCAUUGUUUUUGUAGACACACAAGACAAUCUCUUAAUUCUAGACUCCAAAUUUCUACAAUGGCUAAAAUUGUCUCUGACCCCAAAUUGUACAUUCUUCUGGUGGCUUUGACUUUGAGCUUGGCUGUGCUUGUGGUCACACUCUACCAUUGCAUCAUCAUUUGUUGCUGCAACCGCAACCCGCCACGACGACAAAUACAACACCGUUUGAGGCCUAACAUGCAAGGGAUCACAAGCUUCAUAGCAGCAAGCAGCGUGGAGGCUUCCUCAGUGGCCCAACUCAUUCCGGCCCACAAGUUUCAAAAGGGUGUGGGCUUGGUCUUGGUGGGAGAUGGCAUGUGUGCUGUGUGCCUGACUGAAAUUGAAGAGGGUGAAGAAUUUCGAACCUUGCCGGAAUGCAUGCACUCUUUUCACGUUCCAUGCAUUGACAAGUGGCUGUAUUCCCAUCCGAGUUGCCCAAUUUGCCGCACAGAUGCCACGCCGCGGAAGCCUGCAGUUAAGCGCUCGCCGGAUUAUGGGUCCGGUGGGCUGGAGAGGCCACAGGAGUCCAUAAUUUUGCAAGACAUUGUUGUUAUGCAAUCUAGCUAGGAGUAACGUACGAUCUUGAGAGGUUUGUAGAAUUGCGCUUGAUUUUGGGUGGUCUCAAUGGGCCAUUAAAUGGGCUUGGAUGCCGAAACAAAAUGGGCAUGUAACGGAGUCCUGGUAAAUUUAACCA